AGGCCUACACCGACCGAGGUAACAGUCCUGUACAUUUUGUGUGAAAGUGUCCAUUGCAAGAAUGAUAGGACAGUAGUUCUGGGGGAGGGAGAACACGACGGUAGUGACAUAUGCAUGCUUUGUUGUGUAUUAAAGAUGAAUCGCUUGGCGUGAAAUGGGGACCCUCUGGUGUUAUGGAGACCAAAAGUGGCUUUUUCCAUUCUAGCUGCUCCUCAUUCAUGCUCUCCCAAGGUAAUUUUUUUCACUGAUUUCGAGGAGAGAUAUGCGAGUCAAAAACUUUCUUCUUUUUUUCUGAUUUUCUUCUGAACAUACUCAAAUGUAAAACCCUCUGUUCACUCGCCCCAUCCCCCGCGCUUGUGUAUAUGUGGUCUUGAGGGGAAAAAAGCCAGUGAGCAAGAGAGUAUCUCUACAUGCCUAUUGAAUUAUGAUGGGGGGACCCAGAGCCCAGCCCAUCUGAUGUUGUAGGUUUUACUACAGCUUCUGUGAUGUCAUGGCAAAGGGCGGAGGGAGGAGGGGGGGGGGGGACAAUAGCUCAUAAGGGAAAGGUAAGUCAAUAUUACGUUUUCUCGCUGACAAAGGCAAAUGAAGCCAUGUUUUUGCUUACAAACAAGUAACGUUUACCGCCCCGAUCUGGAGCUCCGCGAGCCCGUGGCAGCGUCAGAGGAGACCGACUCUUGCAUUCUCAUUUUCAUUGAUUUGGAUAUACCUAAUAUCCAAUUGGAUGUUGCGGGACAAAUAGUGUGUUGAUUAGUUUUUUAAGGAAUUCUAUAUCUGGGAUACCUAGAAGCAUCCUACGCGGCACUGUUCAGGCAGGAAAGAAAACCAUAUAGUUUUGUGCGACGGAGAUUCUUGGAUUUUCUGUUUUUCAGAGAAUGAGUUUCGGGGUGAGCUGGUGAAUCAGCGGUGGACGCGAGGCGAGAGGAUCAGCCGCUGCGGACACACACUCCGACUAAAGAGCCCGCCAAUCAACAUGAGUCUGGACACUGAUGACAAGCGCGCCCGCACACGGUCCAAAGGGGUCCGCGCUGCUGUAGAUGUAGUUGGACAAGACCUCAGCUGUCCCACCCCAGGAUGCAAAGGCUCUGGCCAUAUCAGUGGGAAAUAUGCACGACACAGAAGUGCGCUCAGCUGCCCCUUAGCCCGGAAGCGGCGUCUGCAGGAGGCGGAGCUAGAGCAGGAGCAGGACCAGCCUGCCUCCAAGAGGAAGUCCUACCCCCUCAAGCUGGCCAUGGAUGAGGGCUACAGUGCAGACAGCGACGUGAGCAGUGAGGAGGUCGAGCCGAAGGAAGAUGAGGAAGAGGAAGAGGAAGGAGAGGAGGCCACAGAAUCACAACAGCAGCAGCAGUCUCAGUCUCAGGAGACAGGGGAGGAGCCAGAGGGUGAGGAGGCGGAGCCACAACAGCUUGAAAAGAAGCACGGGGGAGAGGAGGCUGAUGAAGAAGAGUGUGUGAUCAUUGAGUCCUCGAGCACACAGAAGCCCAACGGUCAGAGCGGCGAGGACUACUCCAGAUACCAGCAGAUGGCAGCCAGCUCCCUGCUCAACCUGAGCAUGGUGACCGAGAGGCAGCCCACCCCGCCACUCGUCACGGAGGUGGAGAAGAACGUUCAGGAGGGCUCCGAGCACUCAGCCGCAGAGGACGAAGAAGAGGAAGAGGAAGAGGAGGAGGAAGAGGAGGAGGGGGUAGAAAGAGUUGAGGAGCGAGUCAGUGAAAAUAUAACUGAGGAACUGAGCAGGGCGAUGUCUCGGCCAGUCAGUGAGGAUGAAGGUGCCAAAGAGCAGACUGCGGAAGAGGAGGAUGAGGUGGAUGAAGAUGAGCCAAUGGAGCUGACAGAAAGGCCGAAGGAGACGGACCACCAGUACUUCAGUGAGGAGAUGUGUGCACACCCUGAGAACCAGCAAAAGCAAGAGGAGGAGGAGGAGGAGGAGAGAGAGGUGACUGGCCCGGACUCGCAUCACGAAAGAGAAGAGGUAGAUGAUUAUGAGGAAGAAGAUUAUGGAGAAGGCUUUGACCAACGAUUCGAGCGAGGAGAGUUCAUCCCCCAGGGACGCCCCAACAUCAUCACCAGCAGCCAUGUGGCAGCGCGCACCCCAGAAAGCUGCAGCAACGGCCACGACGGUACCCACGAUGCCUCCCUUCUGCGCAUCCCCGUCCUCCGCAAAGCCGACCCAUCGCCCACAGUCAUCGAGGUGCACUCGGAGGGCUCGGAGCCGCUCGGCCAUCACGGAUGA